AUGGAAUCUGAACGCGACAGCACCCCGCCUAUCAGGCGUAAGCCCAUAAACACAGUCGAUGCUGUUGCUUGGCCCACCACCGUUGAGUCUAGAAACGACCCAAAAACUCCUACAAAAGCUUUCGACGGAAAACAAUAUGCCAGCGCGGUUGGUGUAGUACCCAUCAACGACCAAAUUCACAGGUCGACUUCGAACCAGGAUAAUUUUGCCGUUGGGGAAGGUUUAGCACAAGCCAAGUGGAUUUGGUUCAAGCAGCCACGACCGCUCAAGGACUUCGAAGCAUUUGACAAGGCGUCAAGAGGCCUAGGUGGUAGCCUGAGCUUGCUCUCUCACACCAAAGGAUGGGUUGUUGGUAUCAUCGCUGCAUUUCUAUUGAGUACCACGAUUGCCACCUCAACAAUCACUCAAUUUGCCGUCACAUACCCGUCUAGAUUUGACCAAGAUGGAAGCAAGGGAAGUGCAGAGGCAUGGAGGUUAGGGGAGAGCUGGGGGAAGGAUGAGUCGAAUUAUGCUUUCAGUUACGAGGUUACGAAUGUCACCCACCUGAUUGAGGCGGAUGUCAAUUUCCAUGAUGGUAAUCCUAAUAUCACUCUGCCGAAUGGUGUCUGGACUGAACCGGGCAAAAGUCGUGCCAGAUUCACUGGCGCCCCAACAUUUUCCCUUGGCAGUGGGCCAACCCUGGUACAUCAGCAUCUGCAAGAUGUAUCAAUUCUCCAUUAUUUUGCCAUUUAUUGGGAUGGAUCUAAUCUCGUACCUCGGGCACUCGAGGUAUCUCACUAUUGGUGUAUUGACACUUAUCAUCCUGAAGUAGUCGACAAUGUCGUUCGGAUGAACAAGUCGGCGUCUCAGAUCCCAAAGUUACACGCAUUGCAAGGGGAUGAUUAUCGUGGAUACGUGCAUCUGGAACUACCAGGCAAAGACGACGUCACAUGGACCAUUGGUCGGCUAACUACGAGCACAAUAGCAGCUCAGUUAAACGAAUCGCUAAGUGGCUACACUGUCGUUCUGGCAGGGGAACCAAGACGUGAUACAUCAGGCAGUGACAUCUUAGCACAAGCCACCAAAGAGGUUCUACAAAAGCUUGCAAAGGGCAAUUCCACGCUUGAAAUUCAGGAGGCAGAGAGAGCUUGGUGGACUGCCCUGGAGGGCAUGGCGGCGAACGUGGCUAACAGUCUCACAAACACACUCCUUCCUGAUCAGUCCAACGUCGAUGGUGUUUCAUUAAACUCGGAGGUUACGCUCUCUAUCUCUCUUCUGAUAUGCAUUAUCGUUGAGUCAGCGAAAGCAGAGGUUGAAAUUAUGAAAGGCUCGACAGUGCCAGUAUUGUUUGCCAUCAGUGCAGUAGACAAGGCUAGGAUGGAAAAUGGGGACAUCGAUUUGGAUUCACUGAGACAGAUGAAGAAUUAUCAGCAGCUGGCUCACAUUAACCUACACAAGGUCGGUCAAAAGUGGGUCUUGCAAUAG